AUGAAGAACUUGCACGUGUGUCUACUGCUAUCAGCAGUCCUAACUUUAACAGCUUGUUCGGCUAACCCCCUGGAGGCUGUGAAUUUGGCAGGUAAACGUGUAGAGCUACCGAUCCAGAAGACUCCUCGCAUCCGAGGCGGAAUUCCUGUUGGCCCUGAAGAGAUUCCAUAUGCAGUGGGUUUGAUGAUUCAACAGCCGAUCGGGAACCGGUUUUGCGGAGCUACUCUAGUGUCGACAAACUAUGUCCUAACGGCUGCGAGCUGUUUUGUCAAUCCUGGUUCAACUACGGUGCUCCUGGGAGCUUCCAACAUGAAUGACGUCGAGGAUAUUGUUAUGGCUAACGCCGUCAUACUACACCAGGCAUAUGUUCCCAGUCAAAAUCUGAACGACCUGGCCUUGGUACAACUAUCCCGACCAGCCAACAUCUCCAAUUACGUCAGAUUAGCACGAUUGCCCAACUGGAGGCAGGCGGACUCGCUGUUCACCAACCAACUCGCCACCAUCAGCGGUUGGGGUGCGCUGGGACAGAACGCGCCCGAGGUACUGCCCCUGAAUAAUCUGCACCGCGUUGAUGGAGCGGUCACCACCAACACAGCCUGUAACCUUCAAUUUCUGGGAGGCAUCGCAGAGAGUCACGUGUGCGUAGCGUCCAGCAGUGGUUCGCCGUGUCAGGGCGAUCAGGGUGGUCCGCUGACGGUGCAGGACGCCGACGGACAUCAGACCGUGAUCGGAGUGUUCUCCUUCACAACAUGGCUCGGUUGUGACGCCAACUGGCCCGCUGUGUACACGCGCCUUACACCCUUCCUGGCCUGGAUCGAAGCAAACUCGGACGUGACGAUUCGUAAUGAUUUUGAAUUCUUUCCAACACCUCCGGAAACUCAGCAAACAACGACAACCACUCCUUCGGUAUCUGUUACUACUGAAGCCGAGCUUGAAACUCCCACGACGACGGUUGAAACUCCCACGACGACGGUUGAAACUCCCACGACGACGGUUGAAAUUCCCACGACAACGGUUGAAACACCCACUACGACGCUUGCAACUCCCACGACGACGCUUGAAACUCCUACGACUACGUCGGAUCAACCGGAAGCGACCACCGAUCAACCAACUACAGAGACAACGGUUGCACCGGAAAUUACCACUCUUCUACCUCCACUGUUGCCUCCACAUCGUAUAGGACAUCCUGCUGUAAGGCAAAACCACCGUUACUAG